AUGACUAAUUUUACUUUCGUAGACCACAAUUUUAGUAUUCAGUCUCGAAAUAAAAUUUGUAUUGGCGACACGAUAAUGGCGCGGAAUUUGACAUUGACAUUUUUAUUUUUAAUAAUUCACAUGGCAGCCGGUAAUGCGACUGAACUGGAGCAAAGAGGUUUAUUAAUUAAAAUUCGGGACGAAAUAGCCGACUCUGUUUUAUAUUUUACGCAACUGCUAGAAAGAUUUAAUAAUGAAUAUUUUGCUAAAAGUGCGUUUGGUAAAUAUAUUAACUAUGACCAAAUUAAACCCAAAUUGUACUCAACGGGGUUAGAAGAAUCCCGUGGUCUGAAGAAAAUGGCUAUGGGAAUGAUGCCACUGAUCUUCCACGUAGGAGCCACGUCGACCUGGAUGAUAUUGACUACGAUUCUAGCGGCGAAAUCCGUGUUUAUUGGUAUCAUCUUACUCGUUUGCAAGAUUGCUGUUAGUGCAGCUAAGGUUGGAUCAUUCUUCACAACCUUAAAAGCACAUUCUGGUCACGGUCACCAUCACGAGUGGGCGUGGUCGCCACCGCAUGAACAUCAUGGUCCCGUUUAUGAAUUGGGUCACGGCUGGGGCGAAACGUCAUACAAAUCUAUACCCACUGAAUAUUCGGAGCAUCAAGUCGACAAAAAAUCCAGAAUAGGAUAA